GCAUCUCUGUGCCUCAGCCUGUCAUGGCAGUAGAGCAGCAAGGCGUAGUCAAGAAGAAGAAGGAGAGGACACAUGAGUCCUUCAUCGUCGUUCGGCCCCCGCCAGCCAAAUCGAACCACCCUCUUAACCUCCAGAUUCAGCUCGUACCCCCAACAGGGCGCACGCCGACAGUCAUCAGACGAUUCAGCGAAGAUUCUACGGAUGCGUCACUCGGGAGGAGGAGCUCAACUCGUUCAGACGUGACCGCGUACUCCUCCGUAACAUCUCUGUCCACCGUUUCCUCCUCUACCUCCACGAGCUCCAGCGGACGCCGCAUGAUAAUACCCCUCUACAAUCUGCAGGCCCACAACGUCAUGACGAAUGUGAUUGUCGAUGCUGGUACUGAUGCAAAGAUCGCAAGGUUUAUGAAGCGAGGCUUGGAAGUAAUUGGGCUAGCGGUGCUGGAGCCGAUCGAGCUCUGCGGUGGUCUCAAGUACGAGGACACGUCGCAGGCCUCAGGGAACUACCCAUCACUCUUGUCUCCGGAGGGUGCACACACUCCCACGUCGUCGGCAUCUUUGAUCUCAGACACGACCCGAGAACCCUCACCACCACCUUCCGUGUCCAGUCCCCCACCUACCGCCCACGAACGCGCUCCGAGCGGCGCCCGGAAACUGUUUGGCAAGGUCUUCAAACGCAAAGACAAUUCAUCCAGCACGCCGAAACCCCGAGCCGCCCUUCCGCAGCUUGAGAGUACCCCCAAGCGCUCCUCGGUGCUGCUGAGCCCGCCGCACACCGCAAGUUCACACACAUUCCCGGACGUACCGUCUUCUGCGACACACAACACCAUUCUCGGUAUUCAUCCGACGGUGCGCUCCCCCUCCCCGGCACGGGGUUUCACAACGCAGAAACUUCGUCCGACGACGUAUGCAUGGCCAGUGCAGCGGUGGCUAAAGGGCCCACCAGAGGGCCUCGCUGCGCCACUAGACGUAUUGUUGGAGGUGCGCUUCGACUGGACGCGGGCCUCGCAUAGCAGACGACAUCGACGUCCGCAGUCUCGCGAUAACCGAGACAGCAUGAUCGACUCCAAUGCGCCAUCAAUCUCUUCUCUGGCACGGAAGCAAUACAGCACGAGCUCUCAGGAACCGCUUUCAUCGCCACCAACGUCACAACGGUCGCUCGAGCGCUCUGCAUCCCCCGCGCGCGAUAGCAUACGAAGUACAACAACUACGACAGACGAUAGCUCACAGUCUCGUCGCCGGUUCAGCCAUGACGAAGACGGUGGCGAUAGCGACCCGGAGGACUCGGAGACUCCGUGGACGUGCCACCUGGUUGUGCGCAGGCUGCAGCGCUCACCGAACGAUAACCCCGAUACCCCGGGCAUGGGUGACGUGCGCGUUAAGGUCGCGGCGGUGGUGCCCGCGCCGCACCAUCCGAAGGUGGUCUCGCUGCUGAAGAUCCCCUUCCCGCUCCCGGAUGUCGUUCUCACUUCGCGAGUGGGGCCGCACGGUCAGCACAGCGUGCGGGUCGAGGCGGUCAAACGCGUCGUCACGCCACAGGGCGUCGCGCGGCCCGCGACAGACUUCGUGCCUGCGACGCCUACGCAGGCGGGCAUCACAGGUGGCGUGAGCAAGAUCGCGGCCAAUGCGAGCGGCUUCCUCAAGGAGAAGACGCGGCCAGGAAUGGGCGCGGGCGCAGCCACCCCUGCGGGGUGGUCGAACAGCGGGAGCCCGGGUGAACAGGCGCCCAUGAGCGGAGUGUUGCUCAGCGCGGAGGAAGUCAAGGACGCGGUGUGCUGCACAGCGCUGUGGCUGGUCGUCCGCGAGGGCUUUGGCGGCGUUGGACGCGUGAAGAGGCAGGGUGACGGGUGGCGCAUCCGCGGAUGAAGUGCCCACGCGUUGAGCGACCGGCCACAGAUGCACUGCUAUGCCUGCGCCGUCGCGAUAAUCUUUUGUACGCUUAUCAUCUUUGGUGUUCUGUUCUGUUUGUUUAUUAGGUUUAUCGCGGUUGUCCGUCUACGCACUCAUUUGGCAUACCCCACUUCUUGUACACAUUUACCCCAAGCCAGAGCCGUUCAGCCACCCAUUCUCCCCUGCACACACCCCUGCACGCAGCACGCAGCCGCUUCGUGUUUCAAAUUCGCCUGCACACAUCGUGUAUCAUCGCAUUCGAACCGAUGUCAGUGCUGGAUUCUGACCUUAUCACGGCCUCGAUUUCACACCCCGCACACGAAAUUCACGACCGCUAUGACCCUCCGUUCCUUUCGCAGCCGUACUAGCACCCAGCAUGAUACCUGUAUCCUUCUGGUUAAUGUCGCAGCGCGACGUUAGAUUAGGCUUAGUUUCCACCUAUUGUGUAUCAUACAAGAUCAUGGAAUAUUCACUCACCUCAUGCUUACGUUAUAAUGCAUCCCUGGACCCCCAUACCGAAUAUCGUCAUUUAAUACGUCCUGUCAGGUUGGAAGCACGGCCGCAUCUUAUGCGAGACUGGAAAGGCUAAGAUCAAGCUACAAGGCGAAGAUGGAUGCAAGGAAGGUAAAUCUCUUCAGUAUAACCACGUCAGCUGCAGUGACCUUCCGAGUCUCGUUGAAACUUGAAACGACAGCGUGGCAGUAGUUGGGACAACAACCAAGAUGAUCACGAAUGCCAAGAGUGUCAGCACUGAGCUUGCCAGAACACCGUCGGUGUCCACAGUCGCGCCGGGUACAGACGUGUGAUAACUUCCGGUACCGGUAGAUGCGGCGCGGU